AUGGCCGAAACUCAAGGGAAUAAAGUCAUAUGUGUUAACGAAGUCGUUUCUGAGCACCAGGAUUUGGGGGGUAGCCAAGCGACUCCUCUGCCACUGGCCCCUUACGACAGACCUGCAGUCUACAGAAAUGAUUAUGGCGAUUUUGCUAUAAAUAGAGUCCCGGAGGAGGCGAUGUCAGAAUGGACAAUGAUGUGGGGGCAUCCGGCCACUUUAAAUUUUUCCAAACUACCACUCGAGAUUCGUCACCGCAUUUAUCGGUUGUUGCUUGGCCCUCUUUGGCAUGAAGAUUAUAGAGAGAAAGGCAAACCGUACAUUCCGAUAUUGCUUUACGAGCAAGAAGAACCUAUCUUAGCAGACUCAGCAACUCACCUGCUUGCACCCCCAGCUCGGAGCUCUCUCUACGAUAUGAGAUGCUAUCCGCAGACUGGUGAUGAUAAUGAUUAUCCUUCCGAGGCUGAAGCACGGGAUCGUGGUUAUCUAGAAUGGCUUCGUCAGGUCUCGAACCUGAGUUGUGUUUUCAGGCAAGAGUUUGCGGAAGUGUUCUGGUGUAGAACCCGGUUGGCAUUCUAUAGGACCGUCAACGAUCUGAGUAUUCUACGGGGAUUCAUUCAGGAUAGGCCAGCCAUUUCUGCCGGUAUCAAAUACCUGCGCCUAACCAUAGGGGCAUCGUUUGGGCUUGGGAUCCCCGAAGGUGUUCGGUUGGACAGAAGAACAUUGGGGUCUGAGUGUAAAGCUAUCUCGUCACUGUUGUCUUUAGAGACACUUCAUAUUCACAUUCAUGUUGACGAAGAAGACCUAGGGAGUCUUUCGCAGGCUGCCGGAAGAUUUGAAGCUCUGAAAGGCUUCCAAGAGUUCCACACCAACCAAACAUUUAUUGUUACGCUUUGGAUUCAUCUAAAGAGACGGAAAUGGAGAGACCCUAAAUUACAAGGCACCUUCUUAGAUGUUGAAAUAUAUCAUGCAAGUCUUGCAAAGAUAUAUGAGCCAAAAUUAAGGGAGCUCCUCUUACCUCAUAGUCUUCGAAACAAGAGACUUUGUGAUAAAGAUAUUUACUUGAACGCGAGAGCGCUGGACGCAGGAACACAGGCCCGGAGAAACAAAGGUGUCAAUAAAAUCGACUUGGAACAAGCUCGGAAGUUUUGGAGAUAA